AAACAACAAUCAACUUGUUGCACAUAAGCAGAAGUGCAACAGGUUUGAAAACCAUUGUGUGGCUGCUUCCAGAUGUUUUGUUUCUGUUGAACAUCUACUUCCGGGUUGAAGAUCCUGCUUCGCAGUCUCUCUCUUUUUUUUUUUUUUGCACAAUGUUCGCCUCACGUCCGUGGUCGUUCUGGCGUAGGAACUGUGGAAACUUGCGUCAGCCAGCCGUGGAUUUGACUUGAGCGGAUGGACAGAUCGUGAAGGGGGUUGGGGGAGAGAAAAGAAAAGAGAACAGGCCAAUGAGAGGACACGACCUGCCUGGGAGUAGACUUCUUGUCUGUCAUUCAUUUUGGAAAAGAGCACACCGGCGGCCGGCGGUGCUUCUCGGCUUUUUCGAACGCUCCAGCCAACUUUGACAAAAGGGGAGGAAAGACUUUUCGGUCUACUCAGCCACGAGCUUUGGGUGCUGCUGCUGCUGACAUCAAUCCGUGUGUCCGUGUGAAUGCAUGUGCACGCUGAGCAAAGUGCAAGGUCCCCUCCGAGUCCGAGUCCGGGUCCAGAUGUCUUGCCUAUUCCUGAGACUUAUACGAAGAAAAGGGGCCGUCGGUGGCGGUCUGGGACUUCGCUCCCUGGCCUCCAUCCCUUCGCUGCCUCCUGAGGUGGCCGACUUUGUGAGGAGCGCGGCGGACGAGUGCAAGCCCAGCGGGGUGCAUGUGGUGACGGGCACGCCGGAUGAGACGGCUCACAUCUUGGCAGGCCUGGAAAAAGAAGGCAUGGUCAAGAGACUCCCCAAAUAUGACAACUGCUGGCUGGCACGCACGGACCCAAAAGACGUGGCUCGGGUGGAGAGCAAGACGGUGAUUGUGACCAAGAGCCAGCGAGACACCAUCCCCAUCCCUGCUGGAGGAGCCAAGAGCCAACUGGGCAGCUGGAUGAGCCAAUCGGACUGGCAGAGAGCGAGACAGGAGCGUUUCCCAGGAUGCAUGGCAGGUCGCACCAUGUACGUUAUUCCUUUCAGUAUGGGUCCAGUGGGUUCCAGUCUUGCAAAAUAUGGUGUCCAGGUGACCGACUCGCCGUACGUGGUGGCCAGUAUGGGCAUCAUGACCCGCAUGGGCACGCCUGUUCUGAAUAAGCUGGCCGAGGGUGUGGACUUUGUCCGUUGUCAGCACUCUUUAGGGCGGCCUCUUCCGCUAACAGCUCCACUGGUCAACGCCUGGCCCUGCAACCCAGACAAGGUGCUGAUCUCUCAUCUGCCAGACAGCCGACAGAUUUUGUCUUAUGGCAGCGGCUACGGAGGAAACUCCCUCCUGGGGAAGAAGUGCUUUGCCCUCCGUAUCGCCUCACGAAUCGCCAAGGAUGAAGGAUGGUUGGCAGAGCACAUGCUGAUCCUGGGCAUCACCAAUCCUCAAGGAGUGAAGCGUUACGUGGCAGCGGCGUUCCCAAGCGCCUGCGGGAAAACCAACUUGGCCAUGAUGAAACCCUCAUUGGCAGGCUGGAAGGUGGAAUGCGUGGGCGACGACAUCGCCUGGAUGAAGUUCGACGCCCAAGGAAAGCUGAGAGCCAUCAACCCCGAGAACGGCUUUUUCGGCGUGGCUCCGGGAACCUCCGAUAAGACCAACCCUUACGCGAUGAGCACCAUCGCCAAAAACACCAUGUUUACCAACGUUGGCGAGACCAGCGACGGAGGCGUAUGGUGGGAGGGUCUGGACCCCCCCGCGGCUGGUGUCGCGCUGACCGAUUGGCACGGGAAAACCUGGAAGCAAGGAAGCGGCACACCUUGCGCCCAUCCCAAUUCCCGCUUCUGUGCGCCGGCAGCUCAGUGCCCCAUCAUUGACCCUCAAUGGGAGAGCGAAGAGGGCGUUCCUAUCGAUGCCAUCAUCUUCGGCGGUCGGAGGCCGCAAGGAGUUCCUCUGGUUUACGAGACUUUCAACUGGCAACACGGCGUGUUUGUUGGGGCUGCCAUGAGGUCUGAGGCCACAGCAGCUGCUGAGCAUCAAGGAAAGGUGAUCAUGCACGACCCCUUUGCCAUGCGGCCAUUCUUCGGCUACAACUUCGGGGACUACCUGGCUCACUGGCUGAGCAUGGAGACACGAAAAGCCCCGACUCACCUGCCCAAGAUCUUCCACGUCAACUGGUUCCGCAAGGACCCCGCCAGCGGCGCGUUCCUCUGGCCGGGCUUCGGCGAAAAUUCCCGCGUGCUGGAGUGGAUCUUCAAGCGCUGCGGUCGCGAGCGCCACGACGAGGGCGCCAAGAAGAGCGCCAUCGGUUGGUUGCCGGAGGACGGCGCCGUCGACACCCGGGGCUUGGGCGCCGACGUCGAUAUGGGAGCCCUUUUCCACGUGCCCAAGCACUUCUGGCAGAACGAGACCAAGGAGCUGAGAGCGUACUUCAGCCAGCAGGUGGGUGCUGACCUGCCUGCUCAGGUGGAGGCUGAGCUCAAGGCUCUGGAGGACAGGGUUCAUGCCCAAUAACGCUUGCAGUAAGUAAGGGUGCAAUCACAGCCACUGGCUAAAUUGGCACACUUUCUCUUUUUUUUUUUUUUUUCUUCUUCUUUUUUGCUUCUAAGACUGACACAGCAUUUUAGGUACACCUGCCAUCGUAAAUGAUCAUGCUUACUUCUUAUGUCAUACCAAUAUAUCAUUGCUAGAUGACACCAUUUGAUUUGUGCAGGUGUACCUAAUGAUGUUUGUGAGUGUGACCUGUUGGCUCGGUGAAUAGAGGCGCCAUUUCCUUGCGUGUGUGUGAAGAGCCAAGCAAAUGCUCAGACCAGCCACCUCCUCUUCCGAGGGAGGGAAAUAACUUCAGGGCCAUAGGACAGGAAAAGCUAAUAAUUAAACAAUGCAAAUACCUCUCUUGUGUACUUGAUAUUGAUUCUACUGUUGGUGCUGAGAUGAAGGCUAUAUUGCUUCCUUCAGUAGGACAUGCUAAUGUUUACAGGCUGAAACCCCAAAGACCUGAACCCAUUUCCCAUCCUGCUUAUUUUGAGCAGAGUGACUUUGGGCCUAACCCGUAAAGAUGUUUUGAAGCAGCUCUUAGAAAACAAAAAACAAACCUCUUCCAAGUCAAACUCUGAAUCACAACACAUUCAAUUGUGUAAAUGGUUUGAUUUGUAUAAUUCCAGGUGACGUGAAUUGUAAUACGGACCAAUGACUGCAACUGUGAUCUUCUUUUCUAGGAAUUUUAAAUAGCAAUAUGCAAUGUUUUUUUGGUUCUUGUACAGUGCAAUGGUAGAUCUCAAAGUGCCUGUGUCAUUGUUGCAAAAAACUGCAACAAAAGAUUUCAAACAAUAAAGUGUUUAAAUGAG